CAAAGAAAAUUAAGAUCGAAACCGUUCUCGACGCUGAGAAAGAAUCGGGUGGCGAGGGCGUGGUGACUGGUGAGACCUGUAGGUGAGGAGGGUCCUGGAAGGUAAAGAACAGUUAGAACUUAGAACAGGGACGAAGCAAGAAAGAUGUCAUCUUCGGGAGGUAGAACACCAGAAUUGAGGAAAGACGCUGUGUCAAAUCGUUGGGUCAUUUUCUCACCGGCCAGAGCCAAAAGGCCCUCCGAUUUCAAAUCCAAAUCCCCCACGAAUCCCAACCUGCCCCAACAAAAAUGCCCCUUCUGCGGCGGUCAGGAGCAUGAGUGUGCGCCCGAGAUCUUUCGGGUCCCACCCGACAACCCGGACUGGACGCUCAGGGUCAUCGAGAAUCUUUACCCGGCUCUCAGCCGCAAUCUCUGUGAGCCAUUUCCCUCGAGCCUUGAUUCUGCCCACGCGAUUGGUAAUUGUGUCUUGGAUGGGUUUGGCUUCCACGACGUCGUGAUCGAGACCCCGGUCCACUCUGUUCUGCUGAGUGAUCUGUCUCCGGAACAGAUUGGACAGGUUUUGCUCGCGUAUAAGAAGAGAACUGAACAACUUGCUAGCCAUGAAUCAAUCAAAUAUGUGCAGGUAUUUAAAAACCAUGGUGCUUCAGCUGGUGCAUCAAUGAGUCACUCUCACAGUCAGAUAUUGGCCCUUCCCAUCAUUCCUCCUACAGUUUCUUCUCGUCUAGCGAAUAUGAAGGAUUAUUUUGAACAGACAGGGAAAUGUUGCAUUUGUCAAAUUGUAUCUGAGGAUCUUGUGAUUAAUGCUUCUGCCAACUUCAUUUCACUGGUUCCUUACGCCGCCACUUUCCCCUUUGAGAUAUGGAUUGUUCCCCGUUAUCACUCUGCGCAUUUUCAUGAAUUGGAUGCUGAAAAGGCAGUUGAUCUCGGAGGUUUGCUGAAACUCAUGCUUAGGAAGAUGUCCAUUCAAUUGAAUAAUCCACCAUUCAAUUUUAUGAUCCACACUGGUCCCCUGCAUGGCGAGGGAUCCGAGAAAGCAUACAUUCAUUGGUUUUUACAAAUUGUACCACAACUAACCGGGAUUGGAGGCUUUGAGCUUGGAACCGGGUGUUACAUAAAUCCUGUGUUUCCGGAGGACGCUGCAACUGUUCUGAGAGAAGUAGAAAUUCAAGAAUCCAGAUAAAUCAAGAAGAAAUAUUCUUGAGAAAGCAAAACCCGUGAUUUUUAUGCAGUUAUGAAGGUUAAGCUAUAUUUUUUUAACAGGUCUCACUCCCAGGAGCCUUAAGCGACACUAUGAGGGGUUCUUCAGGUUUUACGCGUACUCUAACCAUGGUUGUAAAAGCCUUGACGUAUUGACCGGAUCAUUAUGUAUGAAUAUGAGAGGGGAGGGGACAUUCAUUGAUCUUGAAAGGGAAGAGGAAAAGGCACUUUCCAAUAAUUUGUGUCUUCAUUGAUUGAUGUAUGAAAUAUUUUUGUUUGACGCAA